UUUGAUAAUUUAUGAUAAACUUCUAUUAGUUCUCAAAAUCGCUUGAGCAGAUGAUUGGUACUGUUCUGCUUCCUUUAUCAUUAGACAGUCGAACUAAAUUAAAGCUCCAGAAAAUCAGAGUCUAAAUCCUAAUUUCUGAACUAAAGAAUACUACAGGAACAAUCUAAUGGGCACACACAGCUGCAUGCUCAGAUACAUAUAUAUAUAUGUGUGUGUGUGUGUGUGUAUGGGUAUGGCUUGUGUACAGAAAAGCUGCAGUUACAGAAAUCAUUUAUCCAGCAAUAUUAAAUGCAGGCAAGAAAAGUCAUCCUCAAAGCCAUCUUAUAUUUCAAAUACCAAUUCCACAUCUUAAAGAAAUUAUAUGCAGUACUGAUGUUUCAAUUACCUUAGGCUUUUCUUUCGUUAUUAUGAACUGUCCUGUGACCCCGCAUGGCUUCUGAUCCUGUAAUGGAUCCAUAAACCACUUUUUAAAUUGCCAGGGCUUUCAUAUUCACCACCUUAUAAUUUUUGACAUCACUAUACCAAGUUUGGCUCGUCUUGAUUGUACACCUAUUGAGUUCUGUACCAAAGAUUCAUCUCUGGAUAUCUGAGGCACCUCGCUACUUGCAGCGUUCUGAUGUCAAUUCCCUUUGAAAAUCAAAACAGCAAACAUUGAUAGAAUUCACCAACAGAAUUCAUAAGCGUGAAUUAUCAUCUCCUCAGAAUUAGGUGCACAAGUGCCAGUGGCUUGAAAACCUCCUCCUGGGUAAGAGAAGGCACUUGCACAAACCCAUCUAAAAUUUUGCUAAACAAUUUCAUGUCAGUCAUCUUGUGCACAUCAAGCAAUUGUGUCCUACUAUAUCUAAAAGGACCACGUUCACAUUUGUCCAAGCUGGUUCUCUAUAAUCAAGAAUGACUAGAAAUACUGCCCACAGUGCUUCCACUAGUAUUAACCGAUAGGAACAAAUACAGAAGCCGGGAAGAAGAAAACAGGAGUAGCAGUCUCUGCAGCAGCGGCAACAAGCAUGUUAUCAAAGGGCAGGCGGAAAAUUCUUCAUUAUAGCAACUGCGCUGGGGCUAGCUUGCAAGCAGGGGAAUUGAUUCCUGGGGGUUGUUAGCAACUAUUCAUCUUCAUUAAUUUCUUCUGGUACUCUUAUCCCUAUUCCUUAGUUGAUUGGUAUUGAGAGAAUGAGCAAAGUAAGGAGAGCUACCGAUUGUAAUACAAUAGUGAAUAUAAUUGGUUCAAAGCUGUUUCAAGUUGUUUACAAAUAGCAUUGAGCACGCACGUCCGAAAAAUUGAAGCACGGCCCAAAAAUUAGAGCACGCCCGUCUACACGUCCUGCUUAUUUUGUGCAACGCCCCAAACUGAGAUGGCGGGAAUCUUCCCGCCAUUAAUUUGAAAAACUUUGCCUUUCCCUUAUUUAUUUAAACCCUCAAAUCCAUCUCUAUUCUUACUCUCAAAACUCACUCCUAGUUUCCAUAUCUUGUUGCUAACUAGUUUUUCGAAUCCAGUAUGGUUCAAGCGGUUCAAAACAGUAGCCAUCAAAUCAAGGAGCCAGCUCCAAAGAUCCCAAAGCUUCAAGAGAAUUGCGCUCAUGAAGUCUCAGAAAAUCCCAUCUCUCUAUUUAGGGUUAAAAAGCUCUCUGAUAAAGCUAUUUUGCCCGCUAGAGCCUCUGCUCUUUCUGCAGGCUAUGAUCUCUCCAGUGCAACUGGGACUAAAGUGCCUGCUAGAGGUAAAACUCUUAUUCCAACAGAUUUGAGCAUUGCCAUACCUGAAGGAACAUAUGCUCGCAUUGCGCCGAGAUCGGGACUAGCAUGGAAGCAUUCGAUUGACGUUGGUGCAGGUGUGAUUGAUGCUGAUUAUAGAGGCCCAGUUGGGGUUAUACUGUUUAAUCAUUCGGAUGCGGAUUUUGAGGUCAAAGCAGGAGAUCGUGUUGCCCAGUUGAUUAUCGAGAAGAUCAUGACUCCUGAUGUUUUUGAAGUUGAGGAUUUGGAUGCGACCGCUAGAGGUGAAGGAGGUUUCGGCUCAACAGGCGUUUAAGUGUGUUUAUUAGUUGAUGCUAUUAUCGAUGACAUCUCUUGCUGUUUUUUCCCAUGAAGGUUUUCUUAGAUAGCUUGGUUGAGUAAUUUUAGUGAACAGAUGAUUUUCUCAAAGAUUAAAGGAGGGAAGUCCUUGCUCUGCAAGUGGUUGUCAAGUAAAUUUGAAUCUGGAAUGUCAUGAACAAAUUCUUACAUCUAAUUUUACCCCAAAAUUAUUCACUAGUA